AUGGCUAUGAUCAACAGAAUUGUCACCAGAGCUGCCCGUCCAGCCUUCAUGGCUGCCCGCAACCCAAUUGGUAUCCGUUGUUUGUCUACUCCAGUGGAGCCAAAGGAGAAGGCCAACUCCAUCGUUGACGCCUUGCCAGGUAACAACCUCAUUUCCAAGACUGGUAUCUUGGCCACCUCUGCCGCCGCCGCUGUGUACGGUAUCUCCAACGAGUUGGUUGUUUUGCAUGAUGAGACUAUCUUGGUGGUCACUUUCUCCACCUUCGUCGCUCUUUGCGCCAAGUUCGUUGCCCCAUUGUACACCGAGUGGGCCGACGGUGAGAUCAAGAAGGUCAACGACCUCUUGAACGAGUCUAAGAACAAGCAUGUUUCCGCUGUUAAGGGCAGAAUUGAUUCCGUUUCCCAGUUGAAGGAGGUUGUCAACACCACCAAGCUGUUGUUCAACAUUUCUAGAGAGACUGCCAAGUUGGAGGCCGAGACCUUCGAGUUGAAGCAGAAGCUUGCUGUUGCCCACGAGGCCAAGGCCACCUUGGACUCCUGGGUCAGAUUCGAGCAGCAGCAGAGACAGUUGGAGCAGGAGCAAUUGCUCAAGUCUGUCUUGGACAAGGUGAACAAGGAGGUCGAGAACCCUAAGUUCCAGGACAAGGUUUUGGCCGAGGCUGUUGCCGAGGUCGAGAAGGUUUUCGCCAAGGCCUAA